AUGGAUGCAGUAUGUGACAGGCACCUUCUCCCCAAGUCACGCGCCGAAAGUGGCAUUGCAGGCAUCGAACACACUGCUGCUGGCAAUGAAGAGUGUGAUAAGUUCGGAGACAGAACAAGCUACAGAAGGGGCCACAACGAGCAAACUGUCACACCUUAUGCUGGCGAUAAGAAUAAUCGCAUUCGGCUGCUUGACGUAGCGUCGCUAUGCGUAGAAGGGUCACAAGGACACACGAAUGAGGACCGCUGCGUAUUCGCCAGCAAUGACCGGUUCCACCUUUUCGCUGUCAUGGACGGUCAUGGCGGGUCAUUGGCUGGUGACUUUUUGGUGGAAGAGCUAUUGAAGACGUUAGAUGAAGUUUAUGACGAUGGCUUUGACGACGUGAAGCUUACAGAUGCAAUGGAAGAGCUUGAUCGUGCAUUUUGCGCGAUGGCUUCGCAGAAAAUAGACACAAGUGGCGCAUGCCUUCUGGUAGUCUUGCUAUUCGUAGACUCGAUCACAAACAUACCACAGAAGCUCAUCUUAAAUAUCGGUGACUGUCGCGCUAUUAUACACGAGCAGCCAGAAAAGGUGGCAAAGCAGGAUGAUACAGAUGAUGCGCAAGUAUAUACGAAGGGAAACACCUUUGCUCUCUCAGAAGAUCAUUGUGCAAACAAUGCGAAGGAGAGAAUGCGGGCAUUGAGUAGUGGAGCAGAUAUCCAGAACAAACGCAUUGCUGGUGUCCUAGAGCCUUUUAGGACAAUUGGGGAUAUUGACAUGAAGGGUCAGUUCAUGAAGAACUGGGUAAUUGCCACACCCGAAAUCCAUCGAAGCGAGCUGCUCGUUGGUCGUAGCACUUUUGUCAUUGCCACGGACGGCGUCUGGGCAGUAUUGAAUAACGACUGCACAAUGGCGCUGGCGCUCAGGAAGCACGACGAUGAUGAGAUGAAAUGGUCGGCCAAAUCAUCAGCACAAGCCAUCAUUAAGAAAGCCCGAGAGCUUGGCAGCUGUGACGAUAUCACAGUCAUCAUCGUAUCUGUGUAG